AUGAAACUCCUCAAGGAACAGUUUAACAUUGAAGGAGCUUUGAAGUUUCUCAUAAAAUCUCAAGUUCAAAUGGCUCAAAAGUUUGAGAUUAUAGAAAAUAACCAAAAACAAAUUUUAUUUUUAGUAAAUAAAAAUAUGACUGAUGCUCCAGCAGACAAAAAUUGGAAUAUUGAAUUUUCAACCACUUUUCCACUUCAAGAUAUUCAAUCUCUAAAUGAAAUAGAACAACGUUUAAUAACGGAUAUUGAAUUUAAAGAAAAAUUGGCAAACAGGAUCAGCAGUUUUAGAGGGUUAGAUUACAGCACAUUUAUCAAGUCAUCUUUAGAUAAUAUAUUCAGUGACAAAAUAGGUGUAUUAAUUUCCUUCACUGGUAGAAAACCAUCAAACACGGUUGAAAAAAAGUAUGCAAUGAAGAGUUCACUGCUGUAUAAACUUAUUUGUGAUGUUGGUCGAAGUCGUUACAAAAACUUUUCCGAUGAAAAAGCUGAGAAAGUCACUAGUAGCUGGUUACGUCAUUCAAUAGACCGUCUUAAACGUACAGCGGCACUAACAUAAUAACAAAGUGGUAUUCUUACUUUAUUUUUAUAUUUUAUUAAUUUUGAAAUUUGUAUAAGAAUUUGUUUAAUAUUAU